AUGGCGCUUCGAAUCUGGAAACUCACCGCCGUGCUUCUUUCUGCUUCGCUCCUUCGAUGCGGCACCGCGACGGGCGCGACAGCGCUCGGUGGACGGCGGUUGCUGCAGAAUCCUGACUUCCCAUCGCAGCGCAACAGUAAGCCGAGCUCCUUUAUUUUAGCUAUAUUAUCUGCAAUGAUUAUGUCUUAUAUGAAUUUUGAAGCCUUUGCGCUUCUAGUCAAACGGAAACAACAUGUGUUUUUUGGUGCAGGCAACCCGUCAUGGAUGAACGGUGGCGGUAGCAGCAGCAAUGGCGGCGGCAAUACGCAGGAACAGAGCCAAAAUAACCAGGCUCAGAUGGGCAGUAACGGUGGUGCCUCAAACAGCGGCAACUUAUGGACGGGUGCUUCUGCCCCCGUUUUGGUCUUUUCUGGCGGUCAAUUUGGCGCUGGGUGGUCUGAUGCCAGUUACGGCGCUAGUCCCUUUUCCUCAUACGCCCCAGCCGGUAAGGACCGCGGUACCGCAAACUGCCACUACCUACCGAAGGGCGCCGCCACAAGCUUCUACGGGCCCCAAGGCUCGUUUGUCGGCCUUAGGGCACUGGAGUUCUGGGUCUACUCCGGCUCUACGGGUGUUGCAGAUGUAGCCCUCGUACUGUCGGGUGCAGCCCAAUGCCGCCACGUGCCCUUGAGCUCACUUCAGGUCGCGGAGAGCAGUUCCGGCUGGGUCAAGUACUGGGUCGACUUCAACCUCUUCAGCUGGGCAUGGCAAGGCGGCGGCGGGUCCUUCUCCGGCUGCGGCAGCAGCGGCACCAGUGCCGGCGAGCUGGUCAAGCUGGAGUUCUUCAACCCGCACCCUGAGUUCGAGGCGCUGUUGUGUGUCGAUAACGUGCGACUUAUGAACUGA